AUGCUGAUCUGCCUUGCCCUCGAUGUCAUCCGCGCUGAAGAGAUCAACGACUACGAGUCGCGAAGUUUCUGGCCACGUCUUCACCAGGCCUUCCAGCGCGAAGAAAUCCAUGUCGCUUCAACAAAUCCUCGGCAUAUUCCUUCUACGGAUGAACAACGAAUAGUAGCGUAUUACGGACAAGGCUUCCAAUCGUGGAGCCAGCUGCUGUUGCCGAGGAUUUCUGCUGUGCUGGGGCUUCCCCAAAAUAACGAAGACUACCUUGAUGACUUCUUGAUUGAUUUUCUUGCCAGGCUAUUCCAUGAGGGUAAGGCAGAGGACCUAGACUAG